AUGGAGGGUGGCCCCGAGGGGCCCGGGCCUGCCGAGGAGCCUGAGCCCCUAGGCGCCGCCUCGAGUGGGGACAGCGGCCACGUGUCUCAGAGCCACAGCAGCGCCUCCGGGCCUUGGGAGGACGAGGCCCCGGAGGCCUGCGCGCCUGGUCUCGACGUGCCGCUACUGCGGCGCGCUGCCAACGGCUAUGCCGCCCGCCUGCUGCCCACCGCCCGGGCCGACGUGGACGCCCUGGACGCGGGUCUGGAAGAUCUGCUGGCGCGUGUGGACGAGUUUGUGGGCAUGCUGGACAUGAUCCGCAGCGACUCUUCGCACGUGGUGGGCGAGGGUGUGCCGCGUAUCCACGCCAAGGCCGCCGAGAUGAGGCGCAUCUACGGCCGCAUCGACAGGCUCGAGGCCUUCGUGCGCAUGGUCGGGGGCAGCGUGGCCCGCAUGGAGGAGCAGGUGGCCCGGGCCGAGGCCGAGCUGGGCGCCUUUCCCAGCACCUUCAAGCGGCUGCUGCACACCCUCUCCACAGCUGCCUUCCUCCGCCAGGAGCCCACCGCCAGGCACCCACCCGCCGCCUACCAGCCGCCCGCCCUCUUCCGCACCGAGGACCACUUCCCUGGCUGCGGUGAGAGGCCCCCCGUCUGA